GGCCGUGUUACCGUGAGUGACCUAAACUCGAGGGGAAAAUUAGGGUUUUAAGAGCCGAAGCGAGAACCCUUGCCCAGGGUUUUAGACAAAGUUCCGAACAUCGCUGUGCUGUGUGAGCCAACCAUACAGUAACAAUGGGAUUUUGGGGAAUUGAAGUAAAACCGGGCGAACCAUAUGGUUAUCAAUCCGAUGAAUUUAAAGGAAGGCUUCACAUUACUCAGGCGACUUUAGGCCUUGGUGAAUCGAAGGAGAGGAGCAUAGUUCAGUGCUCCAUGGGAUAUAAGAGUCCAAUCUUUUUGUGUUCCUUGUUACCAAAUAAGAAUGAAUCAUGUCCGUUGGAUCUUGAAUUCGAGGGUGUUGAUGGUUUGAUAGACUUCUCGGUGAUUGGCAAGCGGAGUGUCCAUCUCUCUGGUUACUUUGUGGAUGAUGACAGAGAUGCCAGAGAUGACUAUGAAUCGGAUUCUUUUGGGGAGGAUAUUGCCGAAACUGAGUCGGAGUCAUCAGAAUACGACAGUGACGAUGCUUAUGAUGAUGGCUUUAUUGACGAUGAAGAUCUGGACAUUUACCCGCCUUCACCUGUUCCCAAUAGCGGAGUUGUAAUUGAGGAGAUAGAGGAUGAUGAGAAACCUACGAAUGGAAACAUCCAGUCCAAACGACUACUAAAAAAGAAUAAAUCAAGUUGCUUGGAGGACAAAAACCCUCAACAUCAAAUUGUUUCCAAGAGAAAUGCCGGCGUCCCUGUUCUGGAGAGUGAAGAUGAAGAUGGCUUUCCAAUAUCCACCAAUCAGAAAACCAACUCCAAUAUUGAGAAGCCUGAAGCAGCAACAGAACAGGAAGAUAACAAAAUAACUGAGAAAAGCAAGAAAAAGAAUGUGAAAGAUGGUGAUGAUACUGCUGGGUUAAAAAGGAAAGUUGAAGAUGUUGACCAAGAUGGUCAGCCAGAAAGGCAAAAGAAAAAUAAGAAGAAGAAGAAGCUGAGACAGCAAGCUAAAGAGGGAAAUGCAGAUGAAGUCAAUGCUUGCACCGACAAUGAAAAGCAACCUGAGAUCUGCAAGAGCCAAGACAUUAACCAGGCUUUGCCGGUUAAGAAGAGCUCUGACAUCAACACGGAUUCUAUUCCUGGUGAAAAUCACACAGAGGAGAAAAAGAAGAAGAAAAAGAAGAAGAAAGCCCAGGAGAGUGAAACAAAAGUGGAUCAAACUGUUGCUAACACGGAAGAUCCAAAUGAACCGACUUGGGAGAAAACCAAUGGCAAGCCAUCUAAAGUGAGAACCUUUGGAAAUGGACUGGUUAUCGAGGACCUAUCUAUGGGCCAACCAGAUGGAAAAAGAGCUUCUCCAGGACAAAAGGUCAGUGUUCGCUACAUUGGCAAGCUAAAGAACGGAAAAGUAUUUGACUCAAACGUGGGAGGACCACCCUUUAAAUUCCGCUUAGGUAUAGGUCAAGUUAUAUCGGGCUGGGAUGUUGGGGUUAAUGGUAUGCGUGUUGGGGACAAAAGAAGACUCACGAUUCCACCAGAAAUGGGUUAUGGACAUAAACGUGCUGGAAAAAUACCACCAAACUCAUGGCUUGUGUUUGAUGUUGAGUUGGUUGCUGUUAAUUGAUUCAGCUGUGGAGAUGUUCGUUCCCCUUCCAAUUUUGAAUAUCUUUUUGUCCUGCUGGGAAAACCAGUCUUGAAAACUACAAUAUACUCUGUCUCUUCUGUCUUAGAGAGUUGCAUCUCUCUAAGCCUCGGUUUCCAACUUAGCCGUUAUAGCAUAUUCAAGUAUAUGUCGAUUUUGGAAUUGUUUAUAAGAGCAGUUGAUGCGGCUAAGAACAUUUCAUGAUUUCCAUGUUUGUACUUUGCCCUUCUA